AUGACCCAACCACCACAAGUACAAGAAACACAGCCUUCUGUAUCUGAUCCAUCACAACGAAUUCGUGAACUUAUUGAUGAAGUGGCGAGAAAAGAUAAUGCGCUGCAACAAUACCGAGAGUUAUUUGAAACCAUGGGAAAUGACUACGAGGUGGUGCGGCGGCGUGGGGAACGGGUACAAUUAGAAUUCGAAACUCUUACCGCCAAACAGGAAGAUCAGCAACAGGAGUUGAUAGCGCUUAAAGCCAAGAAUGCCAUGCUGGAGUCACGUGUAAAGCAAAGCGAUGAGGACUGGGAACGUCGCACACGACAGUUAAGACAAGAACUCGCAGCGGCCAUUGAGGAACGCGACACACUCGCAAAAGAGCGUGAACGCGAGUGGCAACAAACACGAAUACUUCGCACGCAAAGUGAAGAACAACGACGACAACAGGAGAUGAUAGAACUUGAAUGGAAGUCUAAAUUAGAGGAGACGCGUAGAGAGACGGAGGCAAAGGUGCGGGCGGCACUACGUGAGCGUGAGGAUCUCCUGCGGGUGCGAGAAAUGGAGUUGCAGCGGGGAAGUACACAAGUAGAGAAUCGAUUUGCAGAUCUCACUGCAGAGACACAGCGACUGCAGGAUGCGAAUAAUACACUUUCACUUCGCGUGAGUGAACUCCAACGUUCUCUGCAGCGACAGGAGAAUAUUACCCAACGACUGGAGUCUGCUCUCAGUGCGGAGCAGCAACAGAAGAUGCAGCUUGAGGAGUCUAUGGCAUUAGAACGACAGACACACAAACAACGACUGGCACAGGUAGAGGAUAGUUAUAGAGUACAAUUGCAGGAUAUGGAGCGAUUAUGUGAACAACUUCGACAAGAACAAGAACGACAGCAGAAAGACGCCGCACGCACAGAACGGGAAUUUAAACAAACAGCACAACGAGCAAAAGAGGCAUGGCUUCAACAACAACAGCAACUAGAGUUAACAAUUGAGUCUCUUCGUGGGGAUAUCUCACGUGAACGCAUACGUCUUGAUAAGUCAGAUGAGGAACGCCAACGUACGGAGGCUCUAUUACAACGUACACGCCGUGAAUUAGAAGCCGCCCAGCAACAGGAGGAAUCACUGCAGGAAACGAAUGCAGGAUUACACAAAAUUGUAGCUAAGCGUGAUGCCACACAAAUGCGAUUAGAGAGUGAAAUCACACGACUCAUCGCCGCUGUGGCAGAACGUGAACGGGAGACGGAGCGGUGGAGAUGUAUUGUAGAUCGUAUGGAGUGGCAGAGUCGACUGGAGACACAACGGGGUAUAGAGAAUACACGGGCACUUCCGGCAGCACUCUCACCACCACCAACUCCACCACCACCACUACCACCACCACUACAGACUCAUACAUCACCAGCAACAACAACAACAAUAACAGGAACGACAGGAAUAGCAUCAACAACAGGAACAAUAGAAACAACAACAACAACAGCAGUACCACAAACAAAAGCGAUGGGAAGUACUACACCAUUGGCAGGAACAACAGGUAUGAGACGUCAAAGUCUAAGACAACCGGUGUCGUGGUCUACACCAAAUCAACAACACUUGAAUGUGGAGAGUAUUGAAUGUACACCAUCGGGUAGUAGUCCUCUUAUAAUCCAAAGGAAUAAUGAUCCUUCUCAGGCUGAGGAUGAGCAGAGUGAAAUACUACGUUCACUGGUACAAGAGGUUCUUCAAGAGUAUAUACCACAAAAUGGAUCCUCUAAUACUACUACAAAUGCUUCAGCUAUAGAUCCUCGCACCUCUACUUCGCGGCGUCGUACAGUCUCAUCACAUUUACCACAGCGGUCGGAAGAGACACGAAACAAUGUACGUCCAAUUGAUGACUCACCACUAGAUGGAAUUCCAGCACCAUCACCUAUUAAUCAUACCAAACCACUUCAAGUUAACAAUAGACGAAAGCAAACAAGAACUAGAGAAAUGGAUGCAGGAUAUAAAUCAGUACUACGUCAAACACCAUAUUCAACAACUUCUGCGGAUACUUCAUUAUUACAGUCAGCAGCACCUUUAUUCCCUUCAACAGCAAAUAAUACUUCCUUAGACUCUUCUUCCAUUUCACAAUCACGUCGACGGUUUGCUAAAUCGCAUACUCAAAGCGAAGGAUCAGUAUUUGGUGGUGUGGACGUUCCAGUAUCAUCACCCUCAGAAGUUGAACCUAGCCGCGAUAAUGGAACACCAGCAACAGCAGCAACAGCAACAACAAAAACAAAAACAACAACAUCAAUGAUCGAACGGUAUGCUCAUGAACGGGAUGCUACUGAGAAACAGAUGAUGCAAGCGUUGCGUGGCCUUGAUAAACGCCAGAAGCAGCUUUUAUCAACUGUAGUAAAUGGUGAGGGUUCUAUAAUGGAACAAUUUCCAAUUCCCGGAAUGAAAGACAAAAAAAAAGAGAAAAAAUAG